AAUUGGUAGCUACAUUUCCAAACAUACAUAAAUUAUAAUACUACUUCAAAUCAAAAUCCCAUACCCAUCUCUCUCUCUCUCUUCCAUAGAUGACUAACCUUCACCUUCUUCUACUACUCUCUUUUCUCUCUCUGCCAUGGCUUCUCAUCAACAUUUCUGGAGCCUCUGCUUCAAUUCCAGAGACUCCCAAGCAUUAUAUUGUAUAUAUGGGAGCUUCAGAUCCAAAACUGAAUGAAAAUGGAGGAGUUGAUCAACUUUCUGAAUCUGCUUAUCUGCAAUUAUUGUCCUCCAUUAUUAAUCCAAGCCAAGAAAGUGAAAGUGAAAGUGAGAGAAUAUCACUUGUCCACAACUACAAUCAUGCUAUUAGAGGAUUCUCUGCCAUGCUUACAGAGAGUGAAGCUUCUGUUUUAUCUGAGCAUAGUGAAGUUAUUUCGGUAUUCCCGGACACAAUGCUUCAUCUCCACACAACACGCUCGUGGGAUUUCUUGGAAGGCAGAGCCGGUAGGCUUUCAACAUGGCCUUCUUCGCACAAACAUUUGUCCGAUGACGUCAUCAUUGGAAUUAUUGACACAGGAAUAUGGCCGGAGUCUCCAAGUUUCAAGGAUGAAGGAAUUGGGCCAGUUCCUACAAGAUGGAGAGGAGUUUGUAUGGAGGGAUUCGACUUCAAGAAAUCCAAUUGUAAUAGGAAGUUGAUAGGUGCAAGAUACUACGACACAUCACUACUAUCAAAAUCAUCCAUUAACAAGAGCCAUGAUGAUAAAGCCAAAGGCUCUCCAAGGGAUACCAUUGGACAUGGGACACACACAGCGUCUAUUGCAGCAGGAGCAAGAGUUGCCAAUGCCAGUUACUACGGUUUAGCCAAAGGCUUGGCGAGAGGCGGCUCUCCUUCCACUAGGAUCGCAAGCUACCAGACAUGCUCGUUCGAGGGCUGCUCAGGGGCCACUAUCUUGAAGGCCAUAGACGAGGCCAUUAAGGAUGGAGUUGACAUGAUCUCAAUCUCCAUUGGGAUGGGGUCACUCUUUCAGCCUGAUUACCUUAAUGAUCCAAUAGCCAUUGGUGCUUUCCAUGCUGAACAAAUGGGAGUCAUGGUUAUUUGCUCUGCUGGGAAUGAUGGACCUGAUUCUUACACUGUUGUUAAUACUGCUCCAUGGAUCUUCACUGUUGCAGCCUCUAGUAUUGAUAGAGAUUUCCAGUCCACAGUCCUGCUUGGAAAUGGAAAAUCUUUCAAAGGAUCUGGCAUAAGUUUUUCGAACCACUCGAAUUCGAAUGCGUAUCCAGUUGUAUUUGGGAAGGAUGUGGCUGCAAAAUUUACCCCUGCAUCUGAAGCAAGAAACUGCUAUCCGGGAUCAUUGGAUUCUAAAAAGGUUGCAGGAAAAAUUGUUGUUUGUGUUGAUGACGACACUACAGUUACAAAGAGAAUCAGGAAACUAGUUGUAGAAGAUGCGAGGGCAAAAGGAAUGAUUUUAAUUGAUGAAAUUCAGAAAGGAGCGCCUUUUGAUUCUGGCAUUUUCUCGUUCGUACAAGUUGACAAUGAUGUAGGCUCACAGAUCCUUAAGUACAUCAAUUCAACCAAGAAACCAGUAGCAGCAAUUUUUCCAUCAGUUGAAGUUCUAAGACAAAGACCGGCGCCAGUUGUUGCAGUUUUUUCAUCAAGGGGCCCUGCACAGCUCACAGAAAACAUUCUCAAGCCUGAUAUAAUGGCUCCAGGAGUAGCCAUUUUAGCUGCUAUGAUUCCCAAAAGUGAUGAAUCAGGGGCAAUUCCAAUAGGAUUGAAACCAUCAGAGUUUGCUAUGAGAUCUGGAACAUCAAUGGCGUGCCCACAUGUUACAGGAGCAGCUGCAUUCAUCAGAUCAGUUCGACCGAGAUGGACUUCUUCCAUGAUCAGAUCAGCACUCAUGACAACAGCAAGUGAAUACAACAACAUGAGAAAUCCAUUCACAAACAGCUCAAACCACAUGGCGAAUCCACACGAGACAGGUGUAGGAGAAAUCAACCCAAUGAAAGCUCUAAAUCCAGGGCUAGUGUUUGAAAUAAAAAUAGAAAACUAUCUGCAAUUCCUUUGCUAUUAUGGCUAUUCAGAGAAGAACAUAAGAUCCAUGUCAAGCACAAAGUUCAAUUGUCCGAAAGUCUCCAUCGAAGAGCUCAUCUCCAACAUCAACUAUCCAUCCAUUUCAAUCAGCCAGCUCAAUAGACACCAUGCUGCUAAAGUGAUCAAAAGAAGUGUUACUAAUGUUGGACCCUCCAACUCUACCUACAUUGCCAAGGUUCACUCUUCACAAGGCUUGGUUGUGAAGGUUAGUCCAGAGAAGAUACGUUUCUCUAAGGGUGUGAAAAGCGUUCCUUUUCAGGUUUCAUUUUCUGGGAAAGAGGCUCAGAGUGGCUACAAUUUUGGGUCGAUUACUUGGUUUGAUGGUCGCCGUUCAGUUCGUGUUGUAUUCAGUGUGAAUGUUGAGUGAGUGAUUUGAAAUCAUUGUUGUGGUUAUUAUACAAAUGCAAACGCUUAAAGUCGAAGAGAAAUCACAAAUAUAGAUAAGAAACCCUCCACAAAGUAAUUAUUUUCAGGCUCCAAUGAUAGUUCACUUUACACUAUUUGUUGUUUUUAACUAGGUUGUGUGCAGUGAUUUGUAAACCAACAAACGUUUGAAGUUAUGUUUAAUUAAGUUAAGCA